UAAAUAAAUUCCCUGAAAAAUUACUGCAAUUCCCUUUAAGCUAGCUAAUGCCUCGCCGAUCUCCGGCAAGUGAAACAAAAGAGACAUGAAUAACAUUAGUACCCGGCAAAGAAGUAUUUCAGAAGGGGUUCAGCAUGUGCUCAACUAUCUCAAGUGUAUGCAGUCCGAAAGUCCAUCCUUCUUUUAUGCUAUCCAGGGAGAUAUCGAUGAACACUCGGAUGGGAAUGUAUUCUGGGCUGAUGGAAAUGCUCGGAUAAACUGUAACUGUUUUGGGGAUACCGUCAAGUUGGAUACAUCAUACAUAACUAAUGGUAAUGGAUUUAAGGUUCCGUUUGCUACAUUGACUGGCUUAAAUCAUCAUGCUCAGCCUGUCCUAUUUGGUUCUGCUAUAAUUUUUGACGAGUCUGAAACAUCAUUCGUUUGGCUUCUCCAGACUUGGCUUCAAGCAAUAUCUCCUCAUAUCCCUCUCUCCAUCACUACCAGUUCUGAUCGGCACGUACAGAUGGCUGUCGCUCAGGUUCUUCCAAACACAUGUCACCGUCUCUGUAGAUGGAGCAUAAUCAGAGAAACCAAGCAGAAAUUGUCUCAUAUAUACCAUAUGCAUCCCUCUUUUGAAGCUGAAUUCAAAAAGUGCAUCAACGAACCAGACACUAUUGAUGAUUUUGAAUCGCAAUGGGGAUCACUUUUAUCUAGAUAUUACCUCAUGGACAAUGAAUGGCUUCACUCAAUGUACAAUGCUCGUCAUCAAUGGGUUCCUAUCUACUUGCGCCACACAUUUUUUGGGGAAUUCUUUGUUGGUGGAGAUGACGACAAUGAUCACAUGAACUCUUUCUUUGAUGGGUUUUUGAAUGCGUCCACUGCCAUUGACAUUUUGACUAAUCUGCAUGAGAAAGCUAUUGCCAGUUGGCACGAAAAGGAACUUAAGGCUGAUUUUGACACUAAGAGUAGCACUCUGAUUCUAAAAACAUCUUCUCCCAUGGAAAAACAGGCCGCCAGUGUUUUUACUAGAAGGGUAUUUUUGAAGUUCCAGGCUGAAUUGGUUAAUGCCCUUGCUAAUCUUGCCACUAAAAUAGAUGAUUCUGGAGAAACCACAACAUAUCGUGUUGCCAGAUUCGGGGAAAAGCACAAAGCGCACAUAGUUAGGUUUAAUGACUUAGAGAUGAAAGUGAGUUGUAGCUGUCUGAUGUUUGAAUUUUCAGGCAUUCUUUGUAGGCAUGUGUUGUCAGUGUUCAGAGUGAAAAAUAUUCCGACACUUCCUUCCCGGUACAUUUCAAAGCGCUGGACACGGGAUGCCAGGACUAGUGGUGGGUUAGUCCUGGACAAACAUGAUCUGGUAUUGCCAAACAGUUCUCAAGAAUCUUACACAGCUCGUUAUACUAAUUUACGUCAGGAAGCAAUGAAGUUUGUAGAAGAAGGUGCAAAAUCUAUUCUUGUUUAUAAUGUUGCUAUGGGUGCUUUGAAAGAGGCUGCAAAAAGGGUUUCCACUGAGAAGAAGCAAAGGAUUUGGGAAACUCAGUUGACCAAUAUAGCAAUUCGAAAUCUUGAAAUGCUUGCAGGAGAUGAAAAUCAUACAGCUGAUUCCUUGCUGAGUGAGAAACAGAGAAAAGUCCAUGAAUUGACUGCCGAGUUAGAUAGCAUAAAUGUGAGAUGUGAAAUCUACCGCUCGAAUCUGCUUGCUGUUCUGAAAGAUAUGGAGGAGCAGAAGUUAAAGCUAUCAGUUAAAGUACAAAAUGCUCAGCUUAGCUUAAAAGAGUGAGUUUCACGUGUUUGGCGCUUUGCUUUAAUAAGCAUGAGAAGAAGUAAUUAAAGAAUACAUGGGAGUAAAAAUUUAACACCUGAUUUUAAUCUUUCUCUGUACCUUUAAGUCAUUGUUUUACAUUCCUGUCAUUAAGAGGCAGGUGAUGAAUCAUGGGCAUGUGAAUAGAAUAUGUGAUAGGUUAGUUUUGCAUUUGUUUUUUAUUGCAGAUUGAAUGUACAAUAGUGUGUUCAAUCAUCAUGCAUAAACAAAUAAAAAAAAAUGUGAUUUUUAUAAUUUAUGUUAGGGCAUUCGGGUUCCUAAGGGUGAUCUGGCGGGCUAGUCGCCUCCUGUAUCCUACGGGUCUUACUAUGUACUCACCAAUAGUGGCUUGUUUGGAUCAUAUCAUGAGGCUGGCCUGGUAUAUGAAGGCUGAGUGACAAUAUCAAUUUAAUGUUUGUUCAACC